AUGUCCCUUACUGACGAAAACGAACAGAAUACGAGUGACUCGACAUUGGAAGCUGGUGAGUUUGAAAAAGUUCUUCUGACUUUAGAGCUUGCUGCUGCAGACGCUAGAGAGUCGGGUGACUAUCUAUCCUAUUCAACUGUUCUAGACAUUUGCGCUAGUGACCCAACGGGUUUUAGCAAUGCGGAGAAGGAGCAGAUUCUUUCCCAUAUUUUAGGUGCCUUGACUACGGACAAAGAGAUGACUGCUGAAAUAGGCUGGGAUUUGCCUGCUCUCUUGAUAUCCUACAUUGACUCUGACUAUGACUUUGUUGGUCCAGUAAGAAAGGCGCCUGGGGUAUACAAGGUACUCAAAAUAUUUGAAGUUUUGGCUAUUGAAGGGAAUUCCAAAGAAUUGUUUCUCAAAAGCACAGAGUUGCUAAGUACCAUCAAAAUUACGGACUCUCCAACAGAAAACCAGGAAAAUGCGGAGAAAUUUUACGACUUGAAGGUGUAUUGCCUUUUCGAAUUGAUCAAUAGUUGCUUGCGCCGCAUUCACACGUUGUAUCCUUCCAAGUUUUUGGCAAUGACUAUGACCAGCUUCAUAAACUCCAUUUACAUUAACAAGGUAAGAUACAGCAACGAUUUUCUUUGGAAACGGUUGUAUACCUUCGCAAGAAACUAUACACGACCUCCACUCCCAGACUCUACAGACCUUCCGGCUGAAGAAUUAGCGAAAAUCAAUGAGGACGAAGAUUACUUACAGCGCAAGUUAUUGACAGCGUUUUUAACGGAAGCUAUCAACCGUUUCUUGGUCUUGGAAACUGUGGGCUUUGCGGUGGACUUUUUUAACUAUCUCCAACGGAUGCUGCCUGCAAAUGCAAAAUACACCAAUAACUUUCAGUUAGACAUGCCUGUGUUUGACCGCUUGUACGAAUUGGCCCUUUCAUUUGAUCUUGACUUGACGAGCUCUUUCAGAGAUUUUAUGAAGUCAAGUUCUGAAUUGAUCGACUCAAUCGCUUACACUCAAGACAGCGAAGAUGACGCAACUGCUAAGCUUGUUGAAUUCGUGGUAACUGACUACCAGAAUAACUUUUGCUCGUCCUUGAUCAGCUCAGAGGCGACUGCUAUCACAGACUCAUUAGGUGGCACCUUAAAUUUGUUCACAUAUUCGAUUGCCCAUUCCAAAGUAUUUGAUAAGGUUGACGUUUCCAUAAAACUGGCUGUUGAUAUGGCUAUACGACUCAUUGUCCCAGGUAUUGUUCAUUCCAACUUUAUAUACCGCGGACAACAUGAUGUCGCUAUUUUCUGGUGUUGGUAUGCGGUGCACAUGAGUCUGAAAAAUGGAAGAGAUCCUACUUCUGAAGUUGGUGCGAUUCCCAAGGUGGUGCUUAUGUCGUUUUUCCAAGCGUUACUAUUUGCUACCGUUUCUUGCAGCUCGAACCUGUACUUCCGUUACGUCACUCUUACUUUAUUGACAAGAUUCUUGUCCUUAGCGUCCGAGGACGUCUCGUUUAACUUCAUUGUGAACACUUUACGUGAAUGUCCUUACCAAAACGUUAAGGCAGCUAUUGUUGGAGUUUUGAAGGAAUUGAGUAUCAAGGAUAAGGUAAUUAUGGACGACUUGGCUGAAAGUAUGAGCCAUGCUAAAAUCAGCAAAGAAGACUCGAAAAACAAGGGUGAUUCUAUUCCACCACCGCUUCCGAGUCGGCAGAAUAAAGCUGGUGUCAAGUAUAUUAACUUAACCGAGCAACGCGUGAAUGACGUCUUCGCUCUCAUUGAUAUGUGUAUGAGCGAGGCAUUUACCGACGGUGAGACUGGACCAUACCUUAAUGGACAGAUUUUGCCUACUCUACAGGCAUAUUUGAAUUUCUUGUUUCUUGUUAGGAAUGAAAAGUUCAUAAAGGGUCAGAGGUAUCAAGAUGUCGUUGACAAAGUCCAGAAACAUAUAAAGGGAGUGGAGGAAAAUGCAGGCGAUGAAACAUCAUCAUCAUUAGGAGGCAUAGGAAUAUUGAAGGUUACUGUGGAAAGACUCACCCUUUGA